AUGGCCGAGAAGGCAGGAGGCGUCGUGAAGAAUGGUCAUGAAGAAGGGCUGAAAAUGGCGGCGGCGCUCCUUGAAGAGUUCGAACUCCCUCAUGGGCUGCUCCCAUUGGAAGACGUGAUUGAAGUUGGGUUUGUCAAGGAAACUGGUUACAUGUGGGUCCUGCAAAAGCAGAAGGUGGUGCAUGUGUUCAAGAUGAUCAGCAAGAGUGUCAGUUAUGACAAAGAGAUCACUGGGUUUAUCAGCAACAAGAACAUCAAGAAGCUCAAGGGUGUCAAGGCCAAAGAACUCAUGCUGUGGCCUCCGGUUAGUGAGAUUAUUGUCGGGGAAGCGCCAACUGGCAAAAUUCACUUCAAGAGCCUGGCGGGGAUCACCAAGACUUUCCCAGUCGAGGCAUUUGCUGCUGGCCAGUAA